AUUAAAAUUCAAAAUAUUCAUUUUAUUGAUAAAAAUAUUCUACUAAUUCUCUCUGACUGUUGUCUGAGUCUCGAGUUUUUUUUUUAUCUUUGGUUGUAGUUGAUUAAUUGAAGUUUUUUUUCCUUAAAAAGUGGUAAAAUUUAAUUUUAAUUUCAGAAAAACAAAUAUUAAUUUAAAUUCAAACAAUAUGGUUGAUUCCAACGAAGAGACUCUUUUUGUUGUGGAUGAAGUAAGUGAUAUUAUCAAGGACUCAAUUGAACAUUCAAUCGGCAGUCAAUUAUACCAACAAAAUAUGGUAAAUAAAUGGACAAAUUCUGUAGUUGAAAACUGUCUAACAAGAUUAUGUAAAUUGGCCAAACCUUUUAAAUAUAUAGUGACAUGUGCCAUUAUGCAAAAAAAUGGUGCUGGUUUUCAUGCAGCCAGUUCAUGUUAUUGGGAUAACUUAACAGAUGGUAGCUGUACUGUGAGAUGGGAAAAUAAAACUAUGUAUGUUAUCGUUUCAGUUUUUGGUCUUGCCAUUUAAUUAUGAAAAUAAUUUUAUACGAAAAACAAAUAAAACUAAUAUUUAAAUUGAUAAA